GCCGCCGCCGCCAUGAGCUCGUGCAGCAGCCGCGCGCUGACCUUGCUGAGCAGCGUGUUCGGCGCCUGCGGCCUCCUCCUGGUUGGCAUCGCGGUCAGCACCGACUACUGGCUCUACAUGGAGGAGGGCACGGUGUUACCCCAGAACCAGAGCACCGAGGUCAAGAUGGCGCUGCACGCCGGCCUCUGGAGGGUCUGCUUCUUCGCAGGCCGGGAGAAGGGUCGCUGUGUGGCCUCGGAAUAUUUCCUUGAGCCCGAGAUUAACCUGGUGACCGAGAACACCGAGAACAUCCUGAAGACUGUCCGCACCGCUACCCCCUUCCCCAUGGUGAGCCUUUUCCUGGUCUUCACGGCCUUCGUCAUCAGCAACAUUGGCCACAUCCGCCCUCAGAGGACCAUCCUAGCUUUCGUUUCCGGCAUCUUUUUCAUUCUUUCAGGCCUCUCCCUCGUUGUGGGCCUAGUCCUCUAUAUCUCCAGCAUUAAUGAUGAGGUGAUGAAUCGGCCCAGCGGCUCCGAGCAGUACUUUCACUAUCGCUAUGGCUGGUCCUUCGCCUUUGCGGCCUCCUCCUUCCUGCUUAAAGAGGGAGCUGGCGUGAUGUCCGUCUAUCUGUUCACCAAACGCUAUGCGGAGGAAGAGAUGUACCGGCCCCACCCAGCCUUCUACCGGCCCAGGCUCAGCGACUGCUCCGACUACUCGGGUCAGUUCCUCCAGCCCGAGGCCUGGCGCCGAGGCCGCAGCCCCUCGGACAUCUCCAGCGACGUUUCCAUUCAGAUGACACAGAACUAUCCUCCUGCCAUCAAGUACCCGGACCACAUGCACAUCUCCACCUCGCCUUGCUGA